AAUAAACAAAUCCCAAUGGGGUGUCCAGAAAAAAAAUAUGUAGCCCAAUCGUAAGUUGAAGACCCCAAAAUAAUCCGGUACAGUUUUGUGAGGGCCGGUUUAUUAUCUAUUUGAAUUGCUGGAUCGUCGUUCUCAGAUAGACCAGAAUUCGGAUAUCGUCGGGAAAUGGGGUACUCAAUUAGUAACGCUUUCCGGUGUUACUCCGAAACGCUGCGUUUUGGUCCCCGACAAGAUCAAUGCGGCCGCGUAAACCCUAGCCCUUCCUCUCUCCUCUCCUUUAAUUCCUCCUCCCCCUUCCUCGGUCAGACUUUGGGUGCUUCUCUUUCACGGCGGAAUAUUCCGGUUAGAGCUAAAAUGGCGGCGUCGGAAGGCUCCAUUAACGCAAGCAAUAGGAUGCUGGUAUUCGUGCCACCACAUCCUUUGAUCAAACACUGGAUCUCUGUCCUGAGAAACGACCAAACUCCUUGUCCUAUUUUCAGGAAUGCAAUAGGUGAACUAGGGAGACUGUUGAUGUAUGAAGCAUCUCGAGAGUGGCUGCCAACUGUUGUUGGAGAAAUCAUGUCUCCGAUGGGUGCUGCUUCUGUUGAGUUCAUUGAUCCUAGAGAGCCUAUAGCGGUUGUUCCGAUUUUAAGAGCUGGUCUUGCUCUUGCGGAACACGCAUCAACAGUUUUGCCUGCAAAUAAAAUAUAUCAUUUAGGAAUAAGUCGGGACGAGAAAACGCUCUUGCCUUCUGUGUAUCUCAACAAGCUGCCUGACGAAUUUCCCAAGAAUUCCAGAGUUUUUCUGGUGGACCCAAUGCUUGCUACAGGCGGUACGAUAAUUGCGGCGAUGGAUAUGUUGAAGGAACGUGGUUUGUCUGUUCAGCAAAUCAAAGUGAUUUGUGCGGUUGCUGCACCUCCUGCACUAUCAAAGCUUAAUGAGAAGUACCCCGGGCUUCAUGUGUAUGCUGGAAUCAUCGAUCCUGAAGUCAAUGAAAAGGGGUUUAUCAUCCCUGGGCUUGGAGAUGCUGGAGACCGUAGUUUCGGGACAUGAAAACAAGUUUUGGUUAAGAUUUUGAUGAAGUGAUUCUUGUGUUUGUCUAGAGGUCUAUGAGAAGAGGAUCAACAUGGAGAACUAUGAGUUCCUCAUUGUAACGAAACAAAGAAGAGACUUUGUACACACCAGUUUUGCUUCGUCGAGAUUUGUAUGUGUUAGUUAUCAUUGUUUGUCGCUUGCUAGUGAAACAACUUCUUCUGUCUACAAAACUAAAUUUUGAAAAAUAUUGUUUAAAAUCUGAAAUAUUCGCCAAGGGGAACCAAGCAUUAUAUAA